AUGGCGCAAUCCGGCGACUGCACCAUGCUUUUGCCGUACAGGGCGGGCGGCACCGCCCUCGACGCUCUGAUGGUGGUGGUGUCGGCGAUCAUGGGCCUCCUCGCAGGUCUCCUCCUGGUCCGCGGCCUCCUCGGCAGCCUGUCCGGAGCCGCCACCACGCAUCCCACCGUCCGCUACUUCCUCUGGGUCGUCUUCGCCCUCUUCCUCCCUCUUACCUCGUACAUGUUCUCCGAGGAGAAGAAGCACUCGGACGGAUCCCUCCGGCCGCAGCUCAUCCUGCUGUGGAUGCUCCUCGCCGAGAUCCUCCGCAAGAAGCUCGAAGGCGUCAGCACGAUAAACGCCUCCCCUCUGCAGGGCGUCAACAAGCAGUCGACGUGGGACGCCGUCGACCAGAUCGUGCGCAUCACGUGGCUCGGCUACCUGAUCUACACGCACGCAGUCAAAUGGGGAUUAUUCAUCAUCCUCUGGGCUUUCAGCAUCAUCAAGGUCGCGCAGAGAGUCGCUGCCGUCGAGGUCGCCAAACGCUCCUUCGCCUUGGGGGAAAACCCGCACCUCAUCGUGGGCUACAUGCGCCAAUUGAUGUCCGGAGAACAACAACAACGACAACAAGGACCAGCAGCAACAUUGAGGGCGAUGAAGGCAUGCAAGUACGUGAUCAUGGGAGAAGAAAAGGUGGAGAGAGAGGCGGGCCCUCACGGCUACAGUCUCCAGCUCCCGGUUGACGAAGAGAGGGAGAAAGUGGUGAAGAAGAUGGUGACCGUCGGCGACGUGUGGGAACUGGCUGCAAGCGGCGACGUCCUUUUUGCCUCCCGGCAGCUGAAGCUCAAGGACCUCUGCCUCUCCUUCGCGCUCUAUAAGCUACUGCGGAGGAGGUUCGAGGAGUAUCCGUCUGCUGAGGCCGGCCGCCGCGAGUCCCUUGACUUCUUGCUGUGCGGCUUGCUCGGCGACGACAAGGNGAUGGUCUUCCGUGUGAUUGAGGACGAGCUCAGCUUCCUCAGCGACUACUACUACUCCACGAUCCCCCUCAUGAUGUCAAAUCUCUGGUUCUUCCUCCUCGACUGCAUGCUCGUGUUCGUCAUCCCGCUCUUCUGCUCGAUCGUGAUCUUUGUCCGCAUCGUCGUUGUGCACGAUGGCCUUAUCUGGUGCCUCUUCCAUCAGCUCAUCAAAGAAAAGGUGACAGUGCCCAUGCUGUAUGAUCCGAUCGUCACCCUCCUCCUCAUCGCCACGUUCUUCUUACUGGAGUAUGCGGAGGUCGUCGUCUACGUGCUCUCCGACUGGGUCAUGGUCUCCCUCCUCUGCACCUACGCGAAGAAGCCGUCGUGGCGGCAAUACGCGAUCGUCCGCCGGGCCCUGACCACGCUGCGGAGGGUGAAGACCUACUUGAAUCGUGCCGAGUUCGAAUUCAACCAGCAUUCUAUGCUAGAACCGCGCGGUCGCACCCUGCAAAUCUUCUCGCAGCUCGUGCUGCGCCGGCGCUUCCUCCUCGUGCAGUCGAUGCUCCUGAAGAUUGUGCUGCACCGCCGGUACCUCGGCGUGCGGUCGACGCCCGUCCCGAAGGAGGUGAAGGCGGCGAUCGUGAAGUAUCUCGUAGACAAUCGAGGCCGCUGCCCCGCUCUGCACAUCGGAGACUCCGUGCUGCGGCGGAACGGGGCAGCAGGAGAGGAGCUCCUGCAGGCUUGCAAGAGCGACGGCGCUGCGGAGACGAUCAUCGUCUGGCACAUCGCCACCUGCCUCUACGAGAUGAAGCACCCGUCGUCCCCACCGUCGCAGGAGAAGCCUCAGCAGGAGUCCGACGUCCACAACAUGCAAGCGAACUGUAGGAUCGCCGAGACGCUGUCCAAGUACUGCAUGUACCUGGUGGCGCUCGCGCCGGAGCUGCUGCCCGACGACGCGGCCUGGACGACAACCGCGUACAAGUCUGCGGUGAAGGAAAUUCAUGAUGCUAUAUUGAAACGGCGUGAUCAUAAAGCGGACAAUUUCGAGCGCGUGACGAGCAUGAAGAAGGUGGACGGGACAGUGGCGGAGAGGGGAGCAGAGCUCGGGCACCAGCUGGUGGAGGCGGUGCUGGAAGAGUCGCUGGUGUGGAUGGUGCUGGCGGAGCUGUGGACGGAGAUCGUGGUCUACAUCGCUCCGUCGGACGACGUCAAGAGCCACGCGCAAGCGCUGGCCCACGGUGGCGAGUUCAUCACCCACAUCUGGGCAUUGCUUACUCACGGCGGCAUUCUCCGGUGGCCCGCUGCUGAUGAGUCUCCGGUGUAAUGAGUUUCCAACUGAUGAUCAGUUAAGCUUUCAUGCAUGCAGUGUUUGUUCUCCUUUUAAGAUGUUUGAGUAGAUCGAGUUCGUUUUGGAACAGGCGUGUGUGGAUUCCAAUGACAUCUUAUUAUUAUUCUACAGGUUCUAGGUCUGGUUUUGAAGUUUGCGCGGUUGUAAUUUGAAAGAUUCAUC